AAAUCCGCAAUUUCAGAUUUCCAGCCCCUCUCUGUCGCAAUUUGUCUCCCUCAGUCUCUCACUGUCACCGGCACCGCACUCCGCCAGUAGGCCACCGUGGACCUGAUCCAGCCUCCAGGGAUCGAGGCCACCGCCCACCGCCAGCAACCCCACACCGCCAGCCACCCUAGCCCCUCACGUGACGUACCACAGCCGCCCCUCUGUCUCUCACAAUCUCACUCAGUCUCUCAUUCUCCAUCUUCUGAUUCUUCUCCAAACACUCACGACCCCAUUCUUCUUGCCACCACCGUCCAUCUUUUCCGUCGUCUGAUCCCGGCAACCGUCCACGUAGACUGCUCCAGGGAUACAGGUUCCAGAUCUACGUAGUGGCGCCGUCUCCAUCGCUUCCACGCUCCAGAUCUGGUGUGAAUGCCAGGAGUAUUGCUUGGUAUUCUGUUGAAAUCCUAAAAAGGGUUUCUAUAAUACAUUUUGAGCAUGUGUGUCCAUUCUAUUGCUUUCCCCAUUCUGCAAUUCACUUCUCUUCCAGUCUCCCCCUUCCCCAAAGCAGAUGAGAAACACAAAUAAAUAUUUAUCCACUUCACUGACAAAUGUAAAAAAAUAAAAAUAAAAAUGGAGGAAUUGCAUAUUGCAAAAGGUUAUAGCUUUAGUAUGAGUUAUUACCUCUUGUUUGAUGAUGUUUUUCUCUCCUUCUGCUUCAAUUGAUGUUUUUCUCUCCUUCCGCCUCAAUGUAAAAGUGAGGAUUACACUACAGGAUAUGUAAUAUUUAUAGGAUAUAUUCAAUUCAAAAUUCGAAAUGACAUUGAGUGGGCGGGAAUUGGUAACAUGCUUUUCUUGGAAAUUGUAAUGCACGUGGCUCAAUACACACCAUUUCCCCCUUUUUCAGAUUUGUCUUCUCAAUGAAAAUAUUUUAUGUCCUUUUUUUGAAUAAAAAAUAAACCUGUCAUCAUCAUCAUAAUUUUACUAUAUACAAAUGCAAGACACAAAGCAACACGUAAGCAAUAUUUGUAGACAAUAAACGGCACCGUUUUUUCGUUAGGCGGGAGUUUUGGCUCCAUCACAUUUCCCUAGGCUUUUGGCUAUUUUAUAUAGUAAGAUUUGGUAAUGUAGUUUGGGCGGGAAAUUUGUUUAGAAGUUUUUCUUUUGCUUAUCUUCAAAAAUAUUUUGACAUUCCUUCAGCUCUCUACUGUCGCCCUUGCCCCUCCACAUACCUUCACCUUUUGGUCUUCUCUUUCACUCGCUCAAGAAGCAGGAAUCGCGAAUCAAUCCUUCAGCAGCGACUUCUGGGCUUUGUCAGUACUCAGCAGUCAGCGAUUCGUCGUUAUUGGCCGGAGCCCUCCGUAUACUCGUCCGUAAAGCGGCAGCAGGAUGGCAAAUUAUUAUGACAUUGAUGAUAUUUUAGCUGAAGAAGAGCUUGUUCCAGCUGUGUUCCAGAAGACUGCCAAUGCAGUUGGGAUAUUUGAUUGCUGUGAUGAUAUGAAUAAGGUGGGAGCUGGUAUGGAAGUAGAAAUGCCGUUUUGGCUUGCCCGUGAGCUAUAUGUGAAACAAGCAGUGAAGAUUAAAGUUCCGUCAUGCUUUGACACCAAGGAGAGACCAAGAGAUAGACAUCGGGAUGAACCUCUCAAAAGGAGGGAUAGAACAAAGGAUGAGAUCGGAGCUGAUGCUGCACAUGUGGAUUUGAGAGGCCGAUGCCCAUAUUUUUAUGACUUUGGAUGCAAGAUAGCAAGACUAACCGGUGACAAAACAAUAGGGCCUUUUCUGUUGGUUGCGUUUCGGACCAGAUACAAAGAAGUGUUGAUCAAGGCAUACACUGCAGCAUCUGCGUUGGCUUCCAAACACUUAACACUCCUAACACAGGAAGAGAUGAAAUUGUACGAGGCUGGGCAAUCCUCAACAAUGGCUUUCAAGAAAUGGCGGAUGGGUGGACCUAGACUGCACAAAGCUUCUGUGCUUGGGAGAAAGAGAAAGCCAACCCAAUAAAUUUCAUUCUCUCUGUAAUCAUUAGGAAGUGAAAUUAAGCAUAAACGUUAGGGAGAAGAGAAGAAAGGGUGUAGGGUUUGAGAGAAAUUUAAAAGGGAGAUGAGAAGAAGUUGAAAUUUUCAUUCAAAACUCAGCUUAAGGACCCCUUAUUACACAAACAAUCAAUAUAUAAUCUUGUUCAAACUAA